CGCACGCCGCACUCCGGCUCGCUCCACACUCUGCCUAAAACUCAGCAACUUUUUCAAUGAGAAACUGAAGUUGCACAAGAUUUCGUGUUGAUUUAAGUGGUGGAAACGUACUUGGCUGUUUGAAGAAGCAGGUCGUUACUCCACUGGCCUUCAAAAGAGUCCUUAUCUGGUUACAAUCUGAACGCUGAGUGUUGAAGAGCGAUGGAAGCCCAGAAGAAGCUGGAGAUCAUCGGGGUGGAGGACGAGGCGGGGAACCCCAUCAGCGCCCUGACCAUCCUGUCCCUGCUGGAGCGCGUGGCCGGCAUCAUCGAUAACGUGCAGGCCUGUCAGCAGCGCAUGGAGGAGCGCCAACAGGAGCUGGAGAACAGCAUCAAGAACAUCCAGGGAGACGUCCUGAAGCUGGCCAAGGACCACGGCGACACCAGCGGCACCGUGGACAAGCUCCUGCAGAAGACACGCAAAGUCAGCGCCAACGUGAAGGAGGUGCGCAGCCGCGUGGAGAAGCAGAACGUCAGGGUCAAGAAGGUGGAGUCCACUCAGGAUGAGCUGCUGACCAGGAACAAGUUCAGAGUGGUCAUCUACCAGGGUGAGGCCGAGGUCCCGUCCGUGGCUGUGACCAAAGGACCCAAGGUUGCUGGUCUGGAGGCCCUUGAUAUUGAGCCGGACACGUACGACGCCCCUGCCGACCUCUCCUCCGAUGAAGACUACCUGAGCGUGGAGGAGACCGAAUCCUCCCGCGCCGCCCGCAUCAAGAAGUCCGUAGCCAAGAGCACCGAGACCCUGAAGGCCGCUUUCUCCAAGGAGAACAUGUCCAAGACCAAGGACAACCUGGGCACCAAGUUCCACAACCUGGGCGAGAAGGUGAUGCCUCCAGAGCGCAGGGAGAAGAUGCACCAGGCGGGUGAGAGGCUCAAGCAGUCAGGAGAGAGGCUGAAGGAGAACAUCGCAAAGAAAGCACCCACCAAGGAGACCUUCAGGAUCAAACUGAAGAAAGAGCGCGUGGUGGCGGAAGGGCAGGAGGGAGCAGAGGCCGAACCAGAGGCACAGCCCGCAGCCGUCACCUACACAGAAGUGACCACCGACGCCAAGAAAGACGAGGGCCGGACAGCGGAGUAGAGAGGAAAAGUCUUCACACGAGACAGAGGAUGGAGAUACAAGAACGAUAGGAUGGAAAGAUCUGGAAGUAACUCAAAGUAUGGAUGAAAAGAACUGAGAAAAAGAGAUGGACUUGAAGAAUGAGAAAGUAAAAGAGAAGAGAAUUUCAGAGCACGUUAACAUGAGCUAACCUGUGGAGGCAGGAGAGGCGUUGGAACGAGGCAGGAUGACAACCACACCAGAAGAAAGCUGGACCUAAACAUGACUGGACAUUUCUCAUUGCAUGCUUUACAGAGACAGUUCAUGUAGAUCCACUGGAGUUUCAUUUUAAACGGUUUACUGUAUGCCGCACUGAUAAUAAAAACAGUGACUUCCCCUGUGUAGAAUUCAAUGAGAAAGACACAAACCUAACCAGAUUAAUUUAAAGGGCCCAUCUCAUGCAAAAUAACUCUUUUCACAUUGUAUCUUCUGCACAUAUACAAGCACAAUUUGGGUUUUGGAACAUCCAUUACACAAUAGUUCUGAAAUUUUACUGAUUUUUUGGAGACAGUCACAGACCAGGAACUAUGAAAGUCCGACUAUUGCUCAUUCCCCUGCCUGUCCUGAGAAAGCACAGGCUCCGCCCUCCAAACGUGACGUAGGUUCUGAGUGAGCCGCCCUUCCUCCGCCAUCUCAGGGAGGGAAGGGGAGACAGACGUGCACCCUGAUAGCGGCAGGAAUAAACUUUUAUUCAUCAUGGACAUACAGCGCAUUCAGCCGCAUGUGUUGGACCCGGAAUCGGACGAGGACUUUGAGGAACACGAAGCUCAAGCACCGCGUCCACAUCAGCUGAACAUUACUGAUUGAUAAAGUAUUAAUAAACACUAGUAGAAAAACGUAUUAUAUCGUGUUCACUGCAGUGUAGAACAAUGAGCUUAUGCUGUCGCUUUUGUUCAGGUGUUCAUGUGGGAAUUGUCAGCUAAUGCCGGGUGGAGGUGGGGUGGAGGCGGUGGAGCGGGUGUGAAGCGUCAUAGGUGUAGCAGCUUUUGUUCAUUGUCACGCCGGAGGGUGGCAGAAAUACACUGCAAUUUGUUAAAAAAAGAAACAUCAAAUCAAUCUAAAAACCACUUCAGCGACAUUUACAAGGCCCACACAUCACUCUUAGAAGCUAGAAAGCUCUGAAAAGUUGAUUUUGCACGAGAUGGGCCCUUUAAGCACGGUCCAAAAUCCAAGAUUGUGUGAGAGCAGAAACCUGGUUUAUCUUCAAGGCAGAGGGGCAUGUCCAGACUUUUUUACUGGUGUUGCUAAGGUUGCAAAAUAAAAAUAAAAAAAAUGAAGAAAAAUUUAAAAAUACUUUCAAGUUUUAAGUAAUUAAAUAAUGACCUUGUAUAACAAUUAAAAAUCCAUGUCCAUUUCCUUAGUUUUGUUACAAUAUUAGUAAAGUAAAUGAACAAAGUCAUUUUCCCUUUACAUAUUUCCUCAGGUCAUUGCCAAUCCAGCAAUCAGCCAAUCAGAUUCCAGGGAUGGUCCUUGACCGGGUCAUCCCAGUCGGUGCUCAUUAAACCUGUAGUUUGGUCGAAGGUGGUCAGCACAUGUGGACUUUCCAUCUGAGAAAACUGGUUCUCAGCUGGUUUCUGAGAACGUCUACAGCGUCUUCUCUGCAUCAUUAUCGGAGAAGAAAUUCACAACAGGCUUUCUGAAUACUCGUGAUUUUAACCACAACAACCUUUUGAACUAUUAGAUCAACACAGAAUGUAUUUCAUGUUUUAAGGCUGUUUCUAGAUAGAGUAGGCCCAGUUGAAAUAGUGAAUUAUUUCGUUGCAUAGGACGCCUAUGCAAGCAGUGAUUUGUGAAGUGUGCUUCUUCUUUAGACGGCCGCCACUAGAAAUGUGUUUUUCUUUUGUAUUAUAAAUGUAUUUACUGCUCCUAUUGGUGGUUUUCAGAUUCUACAAGGUGAUAAUUCUAAUAUUCUCCCAGAUGGAGGCUCGAGCCAGAAUUUACUAUUGAAAAUAUUGUACUUUUACUAAAAAUCGAAUAAUAUUUAUAAUCUAAUAUCUAAAAGGAAUUUUAAUAAAUGUUGAAUCUGAUCAUUUCUAUCUGUUAAUAGACCCUAAAACCAGAGGUGGGGACUUGAGAGUUGACUUGAUAAAAUGGACUAAGACUUGGGACUCGACUUGGACUUAAAGGUCAGUGACUUGGGACUUGACUCAGACUUGAGGCCUGUGACUUGAGAAGAUUGAAGCAGUUUUAAAUCUCAAUUCUUUCUAUUCCGACUGUAAUGAUUCACACUAGAUCUUGUCAAGACAUUUAAAAAGGAAAAUUUCUACAACUGUUCAUACUCUAUAAAUACUAAAUAUAUUAUGAUUUUCUAAGUACAGUUUCUUAAAAGUCAUAUAAAUUGCAAAAAUCUAAGCUAUAUUUGGUUCUUUUGGUUGAAAGCUCAAAGCAGACGACUUGGACUUGACUUAGACUUAUGGGCCAGUGACUUGAGACUCGGCUUGGACUUGCCUGUAUUUGACUUGGGACUUGACUUCGACUUGAGACUUACUUGAGACUUGCAAAACAACUUGGCCCCACCUCUGCUAGAACCCGCUGUUACUUCAAAAUUAGCAUUUGAACAGUAUUAAUUCAUUAAUUUUAGGAGCCCCACUGAAUAAAAUUAUAGAAUGUCAUCUGAAACCCAGCAAUUCUGAGUUUACAGUUGAAUAACAGAUUGUAUAGUAACUCUUAAUAAGCUUGGAAACCAUUGUAGUGUGUCAUCAUCCAGCCCCUAGUCACAGAAAUGAUGCAACAUUGUGUUUAUCUGUUUAUUUAUGAUCGUGCAUGUUGGUGCUUCUUGACGUACAAUCGUUGACAAAAGGGGUAUUGCACAAGUCCUUAUACAUAGUUGUUAUAAAACCUUAAAGGGCCCAUAUUACACUAUUUUCUGAUCUGUUAUAAUGUUGUUUCUCCAUCACAAACACACAAACAUAGCCUGCGCAUUUGUGUUUUUGAGGAGGUGGCAACAUUAUAACGUGGCUUAAAUCUCAAAAGAACCAACUUUGCGUCAUAUGGGACCUUUAAAGUGCAAUAAUAGUUUACGAUCACAAAGUUAAAUUCACAUGAAACUUUGUGUUGUUGAACGUUUUAAAGGUGGAAUCUACUGCCUCCAGUUCUGAUGCACUGUGUGUGUGUGUGUGUGUGUGUAGCCGCUUGAGUGAGCAUGGUUGAAUAAGAUUAUAUAUUUAAAUUAGCUUUUAUUUAUUUAGUUUUUGUGUUGAGUAUAGCUUAUAGAAUAUUAGCAGAGUUUAAACGACUAAAUGAAAUUGUCCAAGGAAUGAUAUAAGGCCAGCGAGUGUGCAAUACUACAGUUCUGUUCAUAUAUUAUGCAUGUUUUACUACACGACGUAUCACAAGACGCCCACUCACAUGCACAUUUUUUUAAUAAACAUGAU